AUGGAGGUAAUUCAAGCAUUCGGGGCCCAGCAAGACCGCCCGCGCAAGCGGCGCAGACGGACCAUGGCGUGCACCAAUUGCCGCCUGCGCAAGCUCCGCUGCGACCGCGAAUUUCCGAGCUGUUCGCGCUGCCGCAAGAGCCGUUCGAACACGAGCUGUACCUACGAGGAUGGCUUUCUAUGGCAACAGCCCGCGACGGUGGCCCCCAGCGCGUUGCCCCCGGGUCGAGGAUCAUCUACCAGUGCCCGAACUAAACCAGAAGAAGGUCCAGCAUACUCGACGCCGGCGUCGGGGUUAAGAGAAACUCGGCCAGAAGAACCGCUUUCGGCGUCGGCGUCGGAGCCAGUAUCUGCUUCUGAUGGCCCAGGCCCGAGGCGAAGGCACAUCAAUCGAGGGUUUUUAGAGACAGUACUUGGGGCUCCUAAGGCCGCUGUUGACCAGGACCCUUAUGUGAAUACUGAUCUGUUGCAGCGUCCGAGGCGCGUGGAGUUUGAGCUGCCCCAUUCGGCGCAGGGCAUAGAGGAGAAUGACGAUGCUCGCUCGGAGAAUUUACUCUCGCCGUCUCAUCGGCUGGCUAUCUCGCCUCGGAUCAUGAUGAGAGGGCGUGAGACGAAGACUAGAUUCACCGGGUCAGGAAUCAUCGCCAAUGUGGUUGCCCAGUUUCCGGACAUCCGUGCAUUUGCAGAAGACAUCAGGUUGUCCAACCCGAUUAUGUCCCAAGUUCGCCCAGAUCUGGAGCGAGUAAGGCGAGGGCUAUGGAAACGCAAGCCACUUAACGAGCCUUUCCCAGAGCCAACCACCGAAUCAUUGGCUACGCUGCUGCCAUCGAGAGGCGUGGUUGAUGAGCUUAUCGCUCUAUACAUAGCGUAUGUGGAGUCGACUCAUCGGAUCUUUCACAUUCCUUCGUUCCUCCGUGAAGUAGAUGACUUCUGGGAGAACCGGGAGAACCCUAGCGUGCAAUCCGCUCCCUUUGUAGCCCAGCUGCUGCUGGUGCUCGCAUGUGCAUGGAACUUUACCAGUUUGGCCAGUCUACAAAAGAAGAGCCCCGCGCCUCUGAAGUGUCACACUGCCAUCGAAUGGGUUCUACAUUCGGAAAAAUGGGUCCACAACGCACAAAUCAAACGGCCGCAAAUAUCGACUCUACGUCUCCAGAUUCUUCUCAUCAUGGCAAGAAAUGCGUUUGGCAUGAAACGCAGCCAGGCUUGGCUCGCCACCAGUACCUUGGUCAAAUCGGCCAUGAUGGCGGGCUAUCACCGCGAUCCGAGCAAAAACAGCCGCAUCUCGGUAUUCAAUAAAGAGAUGCGUCGUCGGAUCUGGGUAACCAUCCUAGAACUGGACCUUCAAGUCGCUAUUGACCGAGGCAUGCCACCAUCGAUCCAGAGUUCUGACCACGACAGCCUCCGUCCAUUGAAUAUUGACGAUGAAGAACUCGAUGAGACUACGGUAGAGUCACCUAGAGACCGACCGGUUCACGAAAUAACAGACUCCUCUUUCGCGACCGCUCUAGCUCGGUCGCUAGAUCUUCGCCUGAAAACAUGCGCUCUGAUGCAUUCUCCCCACAUCAACUGCCGCUAUGAAGAGAUUCAGCGCCUCGACUGGGAAUUCAACCGGCACUUGUCUCAGAUCCCUUCUUGGAGCGCAGCCAAUACUGAUAUGAUCACGAAAGAAAAGGUGCUAUUAUGGAAUUCCUUGAUCAAGACCAAGAUUGCCCAAAGCUUGCUCUCGCUUCAUACUCCGUUCGCUAUCGAAGCGCCGCGUGAGGUUUUGUUCUCUCCUUCCGCAAGGGCCCGUUUAGACGCUGCCGUCAUGAUCCUCUCCACACAACGCUUAAUGCACGAGACCUCGCCGCAAUUGUCGCUUGGCAUGCUCGGAGAGUGGACGAUGCAGGCAUUCAUGUCUGUUUGUCAAGCGCUGCAUAAUCUCGAUUCGGGCUCACAGGCGUCCACGUUCCAACUCCACGCCUUGCCGGGCCUUCCCGACACGUUGGUAUCUCUUCUAGAGACCGCCCUCAUCGCUAUGGAAGUCAAUCUCUUGUUGGUGGUCAAAGGCGCCAAAGACUACUUUUUCUUGUCGACGAUCGAAUCACUUGUCAAAGCCCAACUCUGGCCCGUCCAGGAGACCAUGUAUAAGCAGCAGGUCGUUGAACGGGUCCUCAAUUUUGCGCAAACCUUGUUCUCGCAGCAUGCGACCUGCGAGCAUCUUGGCGAGCUUGGACUGGGAAAUUUCCAAGAGAACCAGGUCGCGGCUUCCCUUGCGUCACAAGGUAUGGCCCCAGUUGUACCGGCCGAUUUCACUAGCGUGCUGCCGCCGUCUAGUCUCGGCAAUAUGCCAUCUCCAGGCAGUUUCGAUCCUUUCCUAGAUGUCUUCGAUUGGGACAACUGGACUGGCAUGGCACUAUUAACGUGA